AUGGCACGUUUCCUUGGCCUUAGGGGCAACAGCCUCAACGUCGCAGCAAUUCUGGGCGUCCUCAUGCCUGGAAUCCUCACAGUUGGCUACAAUGCCUCAUCGUUUGGAGGUGUCCUGACGCAGAUCAACUUCGAGACCCAAUUUCCGGAGAUUGACAUUGACCAUGCCAAGAAUCAAUCAAAAGCAUCAAUGCUUCAAGGCUUCGUCGUUGGAGCCUACACAAUCGGAGGAUUUCUGGGCACACUGUCAUGUAUUUGGGUUGGUGACAAGUUUGGCCGUCGCCGCACAAUUAUGAUUGGAGCAAGUGUGCAAGUGAUUGGAUCUAUUCUCAUGGCUGCUGCAUGGUCAUUAGCCCACUUGAUUAUAUCCCGGAUCACACUGGGCUUCGGGACAGGCAUUCUUCUUGCCACUAUUCCCCUCUGGCAAUCCGAAAUUUCGCCUGCUGAAAAGCGCGGUGCACAUGUCGGCAUGAAAGGAAUAUUUAGUGGGCUUGGAUGCGCCCUUGCCUUGUUUCUGGACUUUGGAAUGUCUUUUACCCGUGCGAGUGUUGCUUGGAGAUUCCCUUUCGCCUUUGUGAUAUUGCUUUCCCUUGCCAUUCUUGGAUUCAUUAUUCUACUCCCCGAGUCUCCACGUUGGUUGAUUCGCGAAGGCCGGAUCUCUGAGGCAAGUGAAGUUCUAGCGGCCUUGGAAGAUACCUGUGUGGAUGAUAUAUCUGUUGAAACGAAAAUCAAGGAUGUUCAGAUGUCCCUUGAGCUGUCUGGAAAACCCUCUCUUGGGCAAUUCUUCCACAUGGGUCCUCAAAGAACCUUUCAUCGGGCCAUACUUGCUUGUUUGGUUAUGCUCUGCCUACAGCUUACAGGUUCUACUGUCACCACCUUUUACACAACUGCAAUCUUCGAGAAGAACCUCGGACUCGGCAACUCAACAUCCACAGUUCUUGCGGCGGUCUAUCAACUUGUCGGUCCUAUUGGAGGAACGUUUUGCGUUCUGAAGAUUGAAGGCUUUGGUCGAAGGGUUCUACUUCUAGGCAGCGCGGCUGGAAAUGCUCUAUGCUUAGCCCUGGUAGCUGGCCUUGGAAGUCAAAGUGAGAACCCGCUCGCAAUGCGAUGCGCCGUCUUCUUCAUAUUCCUCUUCCAUUUCAGUUAUAUCAUCGGGUUCGGCGCGAUACCAUAUCUCUAUGCUACAGAAAUUGCUCCUUUGCAUCUACGAACAACUAUCAACAGCUUCAGCAUCAGUAUUUCCUGGGCUGUCAGCAUUUUGAUCACUAAUGUCACGCCACUCGCCUUCAAUACCAUGGGACAAACCUACUUUGUGAUAUUUGCAGGGUUCAAUGCGGCUAUGGUCCCGAUCAUUUACUACAUGUUUCCAGAGACUGCGGGACGCAGCCUCGAGGAAAUGGACAAGAUUUUCGCCCUCUCUCGAAGCAUGUUUGAUGUGGUGAAAGUGGCGAGGCUUCUCCCACAUGGGCAGCCAGAUGAUCUGUCUAUUGAGAAGAAUCUGGUAUCCGAUCUCAAACAUCCAGAACUCCAGCUCCGUGAAGUCCACUCAGCCUGA